AUGGCUCUGGCCCUUAUGGCUGUAUCACCUGGAGGCGGCGUGGUCUCCGUCUGCCCUCGCACUGCAUGGAUUCUCUCGUCCAGCAGUCGUGAUUCCAAUGCGCUUAUGUAUGUCGGACAGGCAGUGGACUGGUAUCACUGGAUGGUUGUUGGACGGUCGGGGGUCGGGUGUUGCAUCGCAGAAACGCUGCUAGCCAGGCGGGUAGCUCUGAUAUUCAGGGAGCACGGCGAUCUACCGAGAGAGGCAGAGCAGAUCGAUCUUGUCUUACGGAUGGUUUGGCUAAUUGACGCUGAGGACUGGAGGAUCCUGAAGCCCUGA